CCAAGAAUCUCUUUGAUGGAAUCAACAAAGAGAAAUCUAAACUCAAAGAUGUCAACCUUAAUCUGAAAACACAAGACGAUAAACUGAAGGUUCUCAUUGACGCAAUCAGUUCAAAACCACAAGAACCAGAAGGAAAAGGCCCAGAAAUUCACACAAAAACACCAAAUUUAGAACUGUGUAGGAAAACAUUACAGAUGAAAAAACAAGAGCUGAUGGUUUUGAUGAAAAAUGUGAAUAGCUUGAAGGAAAGUCUCAAAGAUUCCAUGAGCAGUGUCCAUAAAGGUAUAGAACAAAUGAUUUCCAUGAAGAAGAAUAUUGGAAAAGACAGAGAGAAACUAUCAAGUGAAAAGAAUCGCCUCCAAAGAGAAUUGUCAGAGUGCAAAAUGAGACAAGAUAAACUCUUGGAUGUAAUGAAGUCAAAAGCAAACCUAAGACUAACACUUCAAGGAGUAAAAGACAAAGUGUGUGACUUGACCAACAUUAAAAUGAGGAGAUUACACAAAUGUCAUAAAGAUGCACAGUUAUUAUGUAUUUCAAUGGAGAAAAAUGUUUCAACUAUUGGUGACCAGAUGAAAACUUUAACUCCAUACAAAGAGGUAGCUGAAAGAGAAAAGAUCAAUCUAACAUCCAUCACUAUUUCCAUGAGGAAUGAGAGAAAAUUGAUGGAACGUCAAUGGAAAGAAAUGGUUGACCGGGAUAAAAAAGACCUAAACAAAAUGAUGGAAGAACUGAAACGGGAAACACAGAAUCUGGAAAGAGUGACUGACAGAGUAGACAAAGAAAAAGAGGCUUUAGAAGUGAUGAUGACCAAUAUCCAGAAACAGCGCGCAGUACUGCAACAAGAAAAACAAGAUAUUCAAGAAGAAAGAGAGAGAAUAAACAUUACAAAUGCUGAACUCGACCAGAAGGCAGAAGAAACCAGCAGUUGCUUGGCAGAGAUCAACAAAGAGAAAAUGAAACUUAAACAUUUGUCGGUUUCAGUCCAAAGAAAUCAUGAAAGACUUCAAGACAUCAUGAACACGAUUGCCCUACAACAGCAAGGCAGAGAAAGCAAAGAUCAUCUGUUCCAAACACAAACACAGGAACUACAAUCUAAAAGGCUUCAACUACAGAAAGAUAAGGAAGAGAUGCAACUUUUGACGACAGCUGUGAAUAAGAUGAGAGAGUGGAUUAAAGCUGCAAUGAUCACCGCCCAAAAGGAAAAGCAACUAGUGGAUUAUAUGAGGAUGCGCAAGGCAGAAGAAGAAAUGCUCUCAAUCCAGAAUAUAGAACUUGACAGAGAGAGGCCCGGGUUGACACCAAGAGAGGACAGCGGCUUGGACAAAAGUCAAAUAACAGAACCUCAACAAGGACAGAUCCAACACAUAAAAGAGAAACUAAGUGAAAACAUCAAAUUGAAAAUGGUCCAGCUACAACAAGGGAUUGCAGGUGUAGAAAACCUCUCUGUUGGUUUGGGACAGAAACUUCUUUGUCUUAUUGAACAGAAGGAAAAUGUGGCUGGUUAUAAAGAGGUAUUUGAAAGAGAAAAGGGAAUUCUGAGGAGAGUCCUUUGUGACACACUAAAACAAAGAGAAGAUGUGGAAAACCGUUGGAAGUGGGAAAAAGAAAAAGUUACUUCUCUUGAAGCAACCCUGAAAAAAGAAAAGCAAGAAGUCGAAUUAGAGAAACAAAAGAUGUUGAAUGAUGAAAUGGUGUUAGAGCUGAUUAGGAAUGACAUCCAGACACAAAGUGAAAUAUUACAACAACACAAACAAGACAUUCAACAACAUAAGCAAGAGUUGGAAAGCACAAUGGUGGAACUGCACAAGAAAACAGAAGAAACCAAGAAUCUCUUUGAUGGAAUCAACAAAGAGAAAUCUAAACUCAAAGAUGUCAACCUUAAUCUGAAAACACAAGACGAUAAACUGAAGGUUCUCAUUGACGCAAUCAGUUCAAAACCACAAGAACCAGAAGGAAAAGGCCCAGAAAUUCACACAAAAACACCAAAUUUAGAACUCUGUAGGAAAACAUUACAGAUGAAAAAACAAGAGCUGAUGGUUUUGAUGAAAAAUGUGAAUAGCUUGAAGGAAAGUCUCAAAGAUUCCAUGAGCAGUGUCCAUAAAGGUAUAGAACAAAUGAUUUCCAUGAAGAAGAAUAUUGGAAAAGACAGAGAGAAACUAUCAAGUGAAAAGAAUCGCCUCCAAAGAGAAUUGUCAGAGUGCAAAAUGAGACAAGAUAAACUCUUGGAUGUAAUGAAGUCAAAAGCAAACCUAAGACUAACACUUCAAGGAGUAAAAGACAAAGUGUGUGACUUGACCAACAUUAAAAUGAGGAGAUUACACAAAUGUCAUAAAGAUGCACAGUUAUUAUGUAUUUCAAUGGAGAAAAAUGUUUCAACUAUUGGUGACCAGAUGAAAACUUUAACUCCAUACAAAGAGGUAGCUGAAAGAGAAAAGAUCAAUCUAACAUCCAUCACUAUUUCCAUGAGGAAUGAGAGAAAAUUGAUGGAACGUCAAUGGAAAGAAAUGGUUGACCGGGAUAAAAAAGACCUAAACAAAAUGAUGGAAGAACUGAAACGGGAAACACAGAAUCUGGAAAGAGUGACUGACAGAGUAGACAAAGAAAAAGAGGCUUUAGAAGUGAUGAUGACCAAUAUCCAGAAACAGCGCGCAGUACUGCAACAAGAAAAACAAGAUAUUCAAGAAGAAAGAGAGAGAAUAAACAUUACAAAUGCUGAACUCGACCAGAAGGCAGAAGAAACCAGCAGUUGCUUGGCAGAGAUCAACAAAGAGAAAAUGAAACUUAAACAUUUGUCGGUUUCAGUCCAAAGAAAUCAUGAAAGACUUCAAGACAUCAUGAACACGAUUGCCCUACAACAGCAAGGCAGAGAAAGCAAAGAUCAUCUGUUCCAAACACAAACACAGGAACUACAAUCUAAAAGGCUUCAACUACAGAAAGAUAAGGAAGAGAUGCAACUUUUGACGACAGCUGUGAAUAAGAUAAGAGAGUGGAUUAAAGCUGCAAUGAUCACCGCCCAAAAGGAAAAGCAACUAGUGGAUUAUAUGAGGAUGCGCAAGGCAGAAGAAGAAAUGCUCUCAAUCCAGAAUAUAGAACUUGACAGAGAGAGGCCCGGGUUGACACCAAGAGAGGACAGCGGCUUGGACAAAAGUCAAAUAACAGAACCUCAACAAGGACAGAUCCAACACAUAAAAGAGAAACUAAGUGAAAACAUCAAAUUGAAAAUGGUCCAGCUACAACAAGGGAUUGCAGGUGUAGAAAACCUCUCUGUUGGUUUGGGACAGAAACUUCUUUGUCUUAUUGAACAGAAGGAAAAUGUGGCUGGUUAUAAAGAGGUAUUUGAAAGAGAAAAGGGAAUUCUGAGGAGAGUCCUUUGUGACACACUAAAACAAAGAGAAGAUGUGGAAAACCGUUGGAAGUGGGAAAAAGAAAAAGUUACUUCUCUUGAAGCAACCCUGAAAAAAGAAAAGCAAGAAGUCGAAUUAGAGAAACAAAAGAUGUUGAAUGAUGAAAUGGUGUUAGAGCUGAUUAGGAAUGACAUCCAGACACAAAGUGAAAUAUUACAACAACACAAACAAGACAUUCAACAACAUAAGCAAGAGUUGGAAAGCACAAUGGUGGAACUGCACAAGAAAACAGAAGAAACCAAGAAUCUCUUUGAUGGAAUCAACAAAGAGAAAUCUAAACUCAAAGAUGUCAACCUUAAUCUGAAAACACAAGACGAUAAACUGAAGGUUCUCAUUGACGCAAUCAGUUCAAAACCACAAGAACCAGAAGGAAAAGGCCCAGAAAUUCACACAAAAACACCAAAUUUAGAACUCUGUAGGAAAACAUUACAGAUGAAAAAACAAGAGCUGAUGGUUUUGAUGAAAAAUGUGAAUAGCUUGAAGGAAAGUCUCAAAGAUUCCAUGAGCAGUGUCCAUAAAGGUAUAGAACAAAUGAUUUCCAUGAAGAAGAAUAUUGGAAAAGACAGAGAGAAACUAUCAAGUGAAAAGAAUCGCCUCCAAAGAGAAUUGUCAGAGUGCAAAAUGAGACAAGAUAAACUCUUGGAUGUAAUGAAGUCAAAAGCAAACCUAAGACUAACACUUCAAGGAGUAAAAGACAAAGUGUGUGACUUGACCAACAUUAAAAUGAGGAGAUUACACAAAUGUCACAAAGAUGCACAGUUAUUAUGUAUUUCAAUGGAGAAAAAUGUUUCAACUAUUGGUGACCAGAUGAAAACUUUAACUCCAUACAAAGAGGUAGCUGAAAGAGAAAAGAUCAAUCUAACAUCCAUCACUAUUUCCAUGAGGAAUGAGAGAAAAUUGAUGGAACGUCAAUGGAAAGAAAUGGUUGACCGGGAUAAAAAAGACCUAAACAAAAUGACGGAAGAACUGAAACGGGAAACACAGAAUCUGGAAAGAGUGACUGACAGAGUAGACAAAGAAAAAGAGGCUUUAGAAGUGAUGAUGACCAAUAUCCAGAAACAGCGCGCAGUACUGCAACAAGAAAAACAAGAUAUUCAAGAAGAAAGAGAGAGAAUAAACAUUACAAAUGCUGAACUCGACCAGAAGGCAGAAGAAACCAGCAGUUGCUUGGCAGAGAUCAACAAAGAGAAAAUGAAACUUAAACAUUUGUCGGUUUCAGUCCAAAGAAAUCAUGAAAGACUUCAAGACAUCAUGAACACGAUUGCCCUACAACAGCAAGGCAGAGAAAGCAAAGAUCAUCUGUUCCAAACACAAACACAGGAACUACAAUCUAAAAGGCUUCAACUACAGAAAGAUAAGGAAGAGAUGCAACUUUUGACGACAGCUGUGAAUAAGAUGAGAGAGUGGAUUAAAGCUGCAAUGAUCACCGCCCAAAAGGAAAAGCAACUAGUGGAUUAUAUGAGGAUGCGCAAGGCAGAAGAAGAAAUGCUCUCAAUCCAGAAUAUAGAACUUGACAGAGAGAGGCCCGGGUUGACACCAAGAGAGGACAGCGGCUUGGACAAAAGUCAAAUAACAGAACCUCAACAAGGACAGAUCCAACACAUAAAAGAGAAACUAAGUGAAAACAUCAAAUUGAAAAUGGUCCAGCUACAACAAGGGAUUGCAGGUGUAGAAAACCUCUCUGUUGGUUUGGGACAGAAACUUCUUUGUCUUAUUGAACAGAAGGAAAAUGUGGCUGGUUAUAAAGAGGUAUUUGAAAGAGAAAAGGGAAUUCUGAGGAGAGUCCUUUGUGACACACUAAAACAAAGAGAAGAUGUGGAAAACCGUUGGAAGUGGGAAAAAGAAAAAGUUACUUCUCUUGAAGCAACCCUGAAAAAAGAAAAGCAAGAAGUCGAAUUAGAGAAACAAAAGAUGUUGAAUGAUGAAAUGGUGUUAGAGCUGAUUAGGAAUGACAUCCAGACACAAAGUGAAAUAUUACAACAACACAAACAAGACAUUCAACAACAUAAGCAAGAGUUGGAAAGCACAAUGGUGGAACUGCACAAGAAAACAGAAGAAACCAAGAAUCUCUUUGAUGGAAUCAACAAAGAGAAAUCUAAACUCAAAGAUGUCAACCUUAAUCUGAAAACACAAGACGAUAAACUGAAGGUUCUCAUUGACGCAAUCAGUUCAAAACCACAAGAACCAGAAGGAAAAGGCCCAGAAAUUCACACAAAAACACCAAAUUUAGAACUCUGUAGGAAAACAUUACAGAUGAAAAAACAAGAGCUGAUGGUUUUGAUGAAAAAUGUGAAUAGCUUGAAGGAAAGUCUCAAAGAUUCCAUGAGCAGUGUCCAUAAAGGUAUAGAACAAAUGAUUUCCAUGAAGAAGAAUAUUGGAAAAGACAGAGAGAAACUAUCAAGUGAAAAGAAUCGCCUCCAAAGAGAAUUGUCAGAGUGCAAAAUGAGACAAGAUAAACUCUUGGAUGUAAUGAAGUCAAAAGCAAACCUAAGACUAACACUUCAAGGAGUAAAAGACAAAGUGUGUGACUUGACCAACAUUAAAAUGAGGAGAUUACACAAAUGUCAUAAAGAUGCACAGUUACUAUGUAUUUCAAUGGAGAAAAAUGUUUCAACUAUUGGUGACCAGAUGAAAACUUUAACUCCAUACAAAGAGGUAGCUGAAAGAGAAAAGAUCAAUCUAACAUCCAUCACUAUUUCCAUGAGGAAUGAGAGAAAAUUGAUGGAACGUCAAUGGAAAGAAAUGGUUGACCGGGAUAAAAAAGACCUAAACAAAAUGACGGAAGAACUGAAACGGGAAACACAGAAUCUGGAAAGAGUGACUGACAGAGUAGACAAAGAAAAAGAGGCUUUAGAAGUGAUGAUGACCAAUAUCCAGAAACAGCGUUCAGUACUGCAACAAGAAAAACAAGAUAUUCAAGAAGAAAGAGAGAGAAUAAACAUUACAAAUGCUGAACUCGACCAGAAGGCAGAAGAAACCAGCAGUUGCUUGGCAGAGAUCAACAAAGAGAAAAUGAAACUUAAACAUUUGUCGGUUUCAGUCCAAAGAAAUCAUGAAAGACUUCAAGACAUCAUGAACACGAUUGCCCUACAACAGCAAGGCAGAGAAAGCAAAGAUCAUCUGUUCCAAACACAAACACAGGAACUACAAUCUAAAAGGCUUCAACUACAGAAAGAUAAGGAAGAGAUGCAACUUUUGACGACAGCUGUGAAUAAGAUGAGAGAGUGGAUUAAAGCUGCAAUGAUCACCGCCCAAAAGGAAAAGCAACUAGUGGAUUAUAUGAGGAUGCGCAAGGCAGAAGAAGAAAUGCUCUCAAUCCAGAAUAUAGAACUUGACAGAGAGAGGCCCGGGUUGACACCAAGAGAGGACAGCGGCUUGGACAAAAGUCAAAUAACAGAACCUCAACAAGGACAGAUCCAACACAUAAAAGAGAAACUAAGUGAAAACAUCAAAUUGAAAAUGGUCCAGCUACAACAAGGGAUUGCAGGUGUAGAAAACCUCUCUGUUGGUUUGGGACAGAAACUUCUUUGUCUUAUUGAACAGAAGGAAAAUGUGGCUGGUUAUAAAGAGGUAUUUGAAAGAGAAAAGGGAAUUCUGAGGAGAGUCCUUUGUGACACACUAAAACAAAGAGAAGAUGUGGAAAACCGUUGGAAGUGGGAAAAAGAAAAAGUUACUUCUCUUGAAGCAACCCUGAAAAAAGAAAAGCAAGAAGUCGAAUUAGAGAAACAAAAGAUGUUGAAUGAUGAAAUGGUGUUAGAGCUGAUUAGGAAUGACAUCCAGACACAAAGUGAAAUAUUACAACAACACAAACAAGACAUUCAACAACAUAAGCAAGAGUUGGAAAGCACAAUGGUGGAACUGCACAAGAAAACAGAAGAAACCAAGAAUCUCUUUGAUGGAAUCAACAAAGAGAAAUCUAAACUCAAAGAUGUCAACCUUAAUCUGAAAACACAAGACGAUAAACUGAAGGUUCUCAUUGACGUAAUCAGUUCAAAACCACAAGAACCAGAAGGAAAAGGCCCAGAAAUUCACACAAAAACACCAAAUUUAGAACUCUGUAGGAAAACAUUACAGAUGAAAAAACAAGAGCUGAUGGUUUUGAUGAAAAAUGUGAAUAGCUUGAAGGAAAGUCUCAAAGAUUCCAUGAGCAGUGUCCAUAAAGGUAUAGAACAAAUGAUUUCCAUGAAGAAGAAUAUUGGAAAAGACAGAGAGAAACUAUCAAGUGAAAAGAAUCGCCUCCAAAGAGAAUUGUCAGAGUGCAAAAUGAGACAAGAUAAACUCUUGGAUGUAAUGAAGUCAAAAGCAAACCUAAGACUAACACUUCAAGGAGUAAAAGACAAAGUGUGUGACUUGACCAACAUUAAAAUGAGGAGAUUACACAAAUGUCAUAAAGAUGCACAGUUACUAUGUAUUUCAAUGGAGAAAAAUGUUUCAACUAUUGGUGACCAGAUGAAAACUUUAACUCCAUACAAAGAGGUAGCUGAAAGAGAAAAGAUCAAUCUAACAUCCAUCACUAUUUCCAUGAGGAAUGAGAGAAAAUUGAUGGAACGUCAAUGGAAAGAAAUGGUUGACCGGGAUAAAAAAGACCUAAACAAAAUGACGGAAGAACUGAAACGGGAAACACAGAAUCUGGAAAGAGUGACUGACAGAGUAGACAAAGAAAAAGAGGCUUUAGAAGUGAUGAUGACCAAUAUCCAGAAACAGCGUUCAGUACUGCAACAAGAAAAACAAGAUAUUCAAGAAGAAAGAGAGAGAAUAAACAUUACAAAUGCUGAACUCGACCAGAAGGCAGAAGAAACCAGCAGUUGCUUGGCAGAGAUCAACAAAGAGAAAAUGAAACUUAAACAUUUGUCGGUUUCAGUCCAAAGAAAUCAUGAAAGACUUCAAGACAUCAUGAACACGAUUGCCCUACAACAGCAAGGCAGAGAAAGCAAAGAUCAUCUGUUCCAAACACAAACACAGGAACUACAAUCUAAAAGGCUUCAACUACAGAAAGAUAAGGAAGAGAUGCAACUUUUGACGACAGCUGUGAAUAAGAUGAGAGAGUGGAUUAAAGCUGCAAUGAUCACCGCCCAAAAGGAAAAGCAACUAGUGGAUUAUAUGAGGAUGCGCAAGGCAGAAGAAGAAAUGCUCUCAAUCCAGAAUAUAGAACUUGACAGAGAGAGGCCCGGGUUGACACCAAGAGAGGACAGCGGCUUGGACAAAAGUCAAAUAACAGAACCUCAACAAGGACAGAUCCAACACAUAAAAGAGAAACUAAGUGAAAACAUCAAAUUGAAAAUGGUCCAGCUACAACAAGGGAUUGCAGGUGUAGAAAACCUCUCUGUUGGUUUGGGACAGAAACUUCUUUGUCUUAUUGAACAGAAGGAAAAUGUGGCUGGUUAUAAAGAGGUAUUUGAAAGAGAAAAGGGAAUUCUGAGGAGAGUCCUUUGUGACACACUAAAACAAAGAGAAGAUGUGGAAAACAGUUGGAAUGAAACAAUGAAGUGGGAAAAAGAAAAAGUUACUUCUCUUGAAGCAACCCUGAAAAAAGAAAAGCAAGAAGUCGAAUUAGAGAAACAAAAGAUGUUGAAUGAUGAAAUGGUGUUAGAGCUGAUUAGGAAUGACAUCCAGACACAAAGUGAAAUAUUACAACAACACAAACAAGACAUUCAACAACAUAAGCAAGAGUUGGAAAGCACAAUGGUGGAACUGCACAAGAAAACAGAAGAAACCAAGAAUCUCUUUGAUGGAAUCAACAAAGAGAAAUCUAAACUCAAAGAUGUCAACCUUAAUCUGAAAACACAAGACGAUAAACUGAAGGUUCUCAUUGACGCAAUCAGUUCAAAACCACAAGAACCAGAAGGAAAAGGCCCAGAAAUUCACACAAAAACACCAAAUUUAGAACUCUGUAGGAAAACAUUACAGAUGAAAAAACAAGAGCUGAUGGUUUUGAUGAAAAAUGUGAAUAGCUUGAAGGAAAGUCUCAAAGAUUCCAUGAGCAGUGUCCAUAAAGGUAUAGAACAAAUGAUUUCCAUGAAGAAGAAUAUUGGAAAAGACAGAGAGAAACUAUCAAGUGAAAAGAAUCGCCUCCAAACAGAAUUGUCAGAGUGCAAAAUGAGACAAGAUAAACUCUUGGAUGUAAUGAAGUCAAAAGCAAACCUAAGACUAACACUUAAGGAAGAAAGAGAUAGAGUGAACAGUACAAAAACAGAGCCAGACCAGAAGGCAGAGAAAGCCAACAAUUUUGUUGAAGAAAUCAAGAAACUCGACCAAAAUGUAAAUGAAGCACCAAAGAAGAUUGAGAUUUUUUCUAGCUUCAUCGAAAAAUUAGGACAUCUCAAUCUGAUGACCUUUGAACUUUUCCAAAACAGUAUAGAGUUUUUGGAUGGAAAAAGUAAAUGUCUCACCCACUUUUUGUCAUCAUUUAAAACCAGUAGAGAUUUUUAUUUUAUUAGAGGCAUUAUUAGUCGUCAUUUAAACUGGAUAAAACAACAAAGACAACACUUGAACCAAACCGUAUGUGAUAAGGUACCACAAACUGAGAGUCAGACUUAUCAGAGAGUGGAGUCAUAUAAACAGAAUGUGAGUCCUUUUAAAACUGGCAGACCUGAAUUGGAACUUCAGAAUCUCAACUUUGUUGAAACUGAAUACUACCUAAGUUCUCAGGAGGAUGAUGAUUUUAAAACUUUGAGUAAAUAUACAACCUUUUACAGGGAAUGGCCAGAACCAGCACUCAAUGAUAAUAGUGAUGUAGAGAACAGAAAGAAGAUUGCAACUUCUCCCAGGGUUUCAACUAGGACAGAGGACUAUAUUAAACAUUCAAAAAGUAAUUCCUUACAAAGGUCCUGGAAGGACACCAGAAUGGAAUUUAAGGAGAUUAACUUGAUGAAGCACAUAGGUCAGAAAAUUAGAAAUAAUUUGGACAAAAGGCUAAAAGAAAUAAUUCAUUUUGAUAAAAUAACACUAAAAGAAACACUUAUACACAAUACACCAGGAAAAGGAACAUACACAUUAUCUCAGGGAAACUUUGACAGUUCUUCCAAAACUGCCAAUAUAAAAUAUAUUGAGCUUCAACAGCUUAAAUUUCACAUGCUGAGUCUGAUUGAAAGUCUUCAAGUGAAAGAGAACACAAGUAAUCAAACUUUUCAGAAUGCAAUAAUCCCAGAAAAAAUGCAGGAAAUGCAAGAGCAGGACGAAGCAGGAGGGGAAGAAUAUGAAGCAGUGACGUCACGCAGAUUUCUCUGUUUACUGCAACAUUACUGCUGUCGCUGCUGCUGUCAUUGUUGUACCUGUCAAAAGCAUGUGUGGCCAAAGAAAAAUGGAAACAUGAAUGCCUAAAAUAUAUAAAUGUGUGUGUGCAUGUGUGUAAGCUAAGUUUUUCUGCGGCUAAUAUUUCUCUUAGUAAAUGAAAAUGUGAAAUAAAAUUGUCAUUAGCAAGACAUCUAAGAUUCAGCACAGAUUAUCAGGCAAAUAUUCAGAAUGUUGUAAAAGCUAUGUCAUGAUGUCAAUUUUGUUUUGAAAAUCUUGAAUUUAAGUAUGUAUCAUGCUUUAGUGCUAUAAAUGUAGUGCAAUGUAAUUGUAGAAUUUCCUAAACAGUAUUUUCAUUAAAGAAAUUAUAGUGUACCAAAUUCUUCUGUCGGUGAAGUCUCUUUGCUGUUUGUUUUGAAUCUCGUUUUUAACACUUAAUACAUUUAAUGUAUAAUGGAGACUAUUUACACAGAACAAGUUUAGCCUAGUUAAUCUUCAUGGCUCCAUGCAGCAGCUUGUUUGUCAUUUGGUUCCUAUGUAUUAGAAAUAAACUGAUGUUAAUCACUCAUAA